UCAAAGUGACUACUUUAAAUUUCGUGGUUAAUUCAUAAUCCGGUAUAUUAUCAGUGUUGUUUAUAUUUUAAUAAACAAAACCGGAGAAGUAAAACUUUAGUUCAAUAUUUUAUUUGUAAUAUUAAUAAAACAUUGAUCAUCAUCAUGAACACAAACAAUUUUAUUCAAGAAGGAAGUAUUGAUGCUUCUAGUGAAAAAAUAAUUUUUGUAAUCGACCUUGUUUGCGAAUUUGGAAGUGAUGAAAUUGUUAAAUCUCAUGUUUUGUACAUGAUCAAGCGAGCGAUUGAAAUAUUUGUUCAUAUUAAAUUGGAUAUCAAUGCAAAUCAUAAAUUUGCAUUUAUAACAAUAGAUUCCAAUGGAGCAAAGUGGAUUUGUAAUUUUUCAUCAGACUCAAAAAUUUUAAUGAAUGCCUUGGAAGAUGUUGAACAAAUAAAUGAAACAGAACCUGUACAGUAUUUUGAAGUGGAUAGUAUAUUUAAUGUAUUAUCAAAGCAAUUGAAUUUACAUGAGAUGUUGACUAAUAAUGCAGUGCGAUUAAUACUACUGUACAGCAGAUCAUUUACAUUACCCAAAAUCAAUACUGCUAAUCUACAAAAAAUGAUUAAAUAUCAACAUUUUUUUAUAGAUAUUUUAUAUAUUCAUGAUCCUGAACUAUCCAAUAGCAAAUGCAAAGAAAUUCAUGCUCAAUUAUCCAAAUUAAUUACUAAUAGUAAUUCAUAUAAUAUGAAAUCAUCAUAUGAUCCUGUUGAUAUACAUAACUUUAUGUCAAAACUACUGUCACAUCCUUUACAGAGAAUCUGUGGUUUCGAUAAAAUGAUUUGAUAGAAGUAUGUUUUGAUCAAAUUGUUUAUACUUUUACUACCAUUAGUGAAAAUAUUUACACGCAGUAAAAAUAUUAUUUUGUUCUAAUUUAUAAUAAAAUUAUUCUAAAAUCAAUACAUUUGUUAAGUAUCUAUAUUUUAGUGUAAUACAAAAAAUAGGAAAUUGAUUUUUCCAAAUUGUCA